AUGGGUACAGCCCACGAGGACGCCAUGGGCGCCACAAUGACAGAGAAGCCUGGGGAUGCUGUCGAUACUCCCAGCGAGAGUAACCUAUCGGGUGAACAAGCCGUUGCUGCUCCUGGCCCAGUCCAGGAGUAUCCCACUGGCUUGCGCCUUGUCCUCCUCGCUGGAGCGUCUAUCAUGGGCGUCUUCUUGAUUUCUUUGGACCAAACAAUCGUUGGAACGGCUGUCCCCAAGAUCACCUCUGAGUUUGGUGGCCUAAGCGACGUCUCCUGGUACAGCGCAGCCUACUUCAUGACCUUCGGCGGUCUUGAGGCUUCAUGGGGCAAGGCGUUCAAGUCCUUCGACAUCAAGUGGACCUUCAUCCUGUCUUUGGCCAUCUUUGAGGUCGGCAGUCUCAUAUGUGCGCUUGCCCCUAACUCGGUCGUCUUGAUCAUAGGCCGCGCCAUCGCUGGUGUUGGUGCCGCUGGCAUUUCCGUCGGCGGCACCAGUAUCGUUGCCUUCAGUACCCCACCGAGGACACGGCCGGUCCUGAUGGGCAUCAUCGGUCUGACCUACGGCCUGGCGUCUGUCCUGGGCCCCAUAAUCGGCGGGGCGUUCACAGAUCGCGUCACCUGGCGCUGGUGCUUCUACCUCAACCUGCCCAUCGGAGGCGUCGCCGCCGCUAUCGUCCUGCUCUUCUUCCACCUCCCAGCUGCAGCUCGGCCUCCUCCAAUCAGUCUGAAGCACAAGCUCUUGCACCUCGACCCCGUAGGCAUUUGCCUCACCAUGGCGGCCAUCAUGUGCUUCAUCCUUGGGCUUCAGUACGCGGGCACAGUCCACCCCUGGCGAAGCAGCCAGGUUAUCGGCCUGCUCGUCGGGUUUGGCCUUCUCGUAAUCACCCUCAUCGCUUGGUCUAUCUACAGUGACGAGUAUGCCAUGCUUAUCCCACGGCUGUUCAAGAAACGAGCGCUUUGGAGCGUGUGCCCUUACCAAUUCUUCUUUCUUGGCGACCUUAUCCUCAUCCUAUACUACCUCCCCAUCUACUUCCAGUCUGUCAAGGGCGCGACCGCUAUCGAGUCUGGCGUCGAUAACCUACCCAUUUAUCAGGUCCAUGAAGGAAUAGUAGUCAUAUAUCGUGUGAAAUUGACUGCCACAUUUUCAAUCCUUCAGCUUGGCCUCAAUAGUGCUCUGCACGGGAUUGUGAGGCAGUCACUAGAUCUUCUCAAUUCUCAGUCCCACCUCACUAAGCAGAGCCUCCCAGUGAUCCUUGCUGCGCUCGAUCCCCCCUUCCAUGAACAUGUUGAGGUCCAUGAAGAAUGGAAACGGGUCCGAUCCAGGGGCAGCCGUCGCAGGGAGAAUCAUCUCGCCGAGGAGGACCCGGGAGGUCGGUCCCAUGGCAUCCACGAUGUUGCGCAGAAUCCGGCGGCUUCGCUCGUCAUAGUGGUUGUGAAGCACGUUACGGAGGUAAUAUAA